AUGUUUGUAAACAUAUUUUAUCAGUUAAUUGAUAUCGUCAAAACCAAUUUCUUUACGAUCGUGCUUUUGACUAUUUUUACCAAUGUAAUCCAAUAUUACAUUAAUUAUUUUAAUCGACCCUCAAAAAUUCCUGGUCCACUUCCUUUACCAAUUAUUGGAAAUUUUCAUCAAAUUGGCGCAAAUUUUACAGUAUCAUUAAAAAGAUUGCAUGAAAAAUAUGGAGACUUUUAUGAAUUUUAUACGGGAAGCACACAUAAUAUUGUUAUUAGUAGACCUGAUUUAGUCGAAAAAGUGUGGGGACCUGUGUCUCUUAAAAAUACGAAAUUCAUUUUGCGUACUUCAUAUAGUGAAGGUUUAAAUGAGCUUGGUGUAGGUACAAAAGGAAUGGUAUUCAAUCGUAAUAUUGAAGGUUGGGUUCUCAAUAGAAGAUUUAUGAAUACUAUUUCUGCACCUUCAUUUUUACGUGAAUCAAUCAAUUUAUCAAAUAAAGUUAUUGAUCAAGUGUUUGAAUAUUGGAAAAUCAUUAAUAAAGAAGGAAUGCAAAUUGACGUUUGUGAGUGGUUAAAUACUGUGGGUGCUGAUGUCGUUUCAACAACUGCAACCGGAAAAAGUGUGGCAGCAACAACUAAAUUAUUUAAUUCAUUAAAUAUUGAGAAUAAAAAAUCUUUACAAGGAAUUUGGGAAAAUGGCGUAAAAUUCUGUCAAUCAAUUCAUUUGUAUAAUGAAUCAAUGGCAUUUAUGAUGUUAAUUCCAGCGAAGCUUCGAAGAAAUUUACCAUUUAUUAGCUCUAUUAAUAAAAAAUAUUUGGAUAAUAGGGAUUGGAUAUAUAAGGAAUUGGACAGAGUCGUUUCCGAAAAGCAAAAAGAAAUCGAGAAUACACCUCUUAGUCAGCAUCUUAAGCCAAAUAUUUUAACUCUAUUACUUACAACAAAUACGGAAAGAGAUUUGGACAAAAUUUCUGUCGGAAAAUUUGAAAGACCUUUAACAAAAGAUGAAGUAAUAUCAAUAAUACGUGAAGUAUUUACUGGUGGAUUAGAUACUACUUCAAGCACUUUAUCAAUCAUUAUGUUCUAUCUUGCUAAACAUCGAGAUGUCUAUUUGAAAAUGCGACAAGAAGUAUUAGAUGUUUAUGGCUCACUUAACAAUCCUGUACUUACAUUGGAAUCAUAUGGAAAACUCAAAUAUAUAGAAGCUGUUAUCUAUGAAAGUAUCCGCAUGUUUCCUACAGUAUCAAAUAUGCCUCGUACUGCAACCGAAGAUAUUGAAUUGGAUGGAUUUAUAAUUAAAGCUGAUACAACAGUUCAUACUGAUUUUCUCGUAUUAAAUCAUAAUCCUAAAUACUUUAAAGAUCCUGAAACUUUUAAUCCUGAUAGAUUCUUGACUGAUAAAGAAUCGAUUCUUAAAUACGUUUAUAUUCCUUUUGGGAAUGGUGUACGCGCAUGUCCUGGUCGAGCCUGGGCUAUGGUUCAAAUGAAAACUUUCUUGGUUAAACUUGUUUGUAUAUUUGAUAUAGAUUCAAAUGAUAAAAAUGAUGCUCCUAAGUUUUCUUAUCAUACUGUAAAUAGACCUGCAGAUAUAUACAUUAAUGUUAAGACCGAAAUUGUUAAUAUUUAA